AUGGCCGCCUCGGGCCCUGACACCGAGGAGAAAAUAAUCGACCUGCUCAAGAAAGCAGAUCCGACGGAGCUCGAGAAACGGCACCAAGCUAUUUACGAGAAAAGAUACAAGGCGUUUCAGCUCAGUCAACAACGCCUCGCAGAGAUCAUCGACCAGAACUCGACCCUUCCGACCACUGUUUCGUCCGUGGCUGUCCUCGGUGCCCCGAAUACCCGCCAUGGCUUCCUACAGAGGGUGGUGAAUCCGUUAUUGAGCGCCAACCGCGACCGGCCGUAUACCCAGUCUGAAUUGAUCCAUGAGGUCUCCAAAGCCGCGGAAAAGCUUAGGAAGUUUGGCAUUUACCAUGAACCGGUGUCCGUAUAUCUGGACAAAGCCGCAAAGACCGACCCCACGACGACGCCGACCGACGUGGCCGUCUACUAUCAGGUCAGGGAGAAAAGUCGGAUAUUUGCAAAGACCGGCACAGAUCUCGGAAACGCCGAAGGUUCUGCCUACGCCAAUGUGCAAUGGAGGAACCUGUUUGGCGGUGCAGAAACGCUUGAUGUGAAUGCAUCCGUGGGCACGAGGACGCGGUCAUCAUACCAGGCUCUUUUCGAUACUCCGGUGCUGGCGAACCCUGAUUUCCACUUCCAGGCCGCAGCAGUUCAGAGUGCGACCCAGAAGCCCUUUGCCAGUCAUGAGGAAGUGCUCAAGGGCGGUUGGAGCAAACUCCGAUGGCUUACGUCGACCGGCUCGUCACACGAGAUAGGAUACAAUGGGUUAUGGCGACAAGUGACCGGUCUCGCGCCGAAUGCUUCGACGACGGUCAAGAAUGAGGCAGGCGACUCUUUCAAGAGCAGUAUAUCACAUACGUGGUCGACGGACCGGAGGGACAACCCCCUGCUUCCUACGCGAGGAUACUACGCGAGAACAACGUCCGAGUUGGCUGGCUGGGGGCCGUUGAAGGGAGACGUUGCUUUUGUGAAGAGUGAAGUCGAGACUCAAUCCGCCAUUCCAGUCCCCCUCCCCGGUGUGAAAGGUGACAGCGGCGUCAGCCUGACGACAGGAUUCCGCGCAGGACUUUUGUACCCGUUGGCUCUAGGUUCGAGCCCCAACCCGGAAAUGUCUCGCAUCAACGAUAGAUUCCAGCUUGGUGGACCCAACGAUGUCCGAGGGUUCCGCCUGUCGGGUCUGGGGCCUCAUGAUGGCCCGGAUGCCGUGGGAGGCGACCUUUACGCUGCUGGCAGUGCAAACCUCUUGCUGCCACUCCCAAGAGUGGGCAAGGAUAAGCCGUUUCGUUUCCAGGCUUUCGUCACCGGCGGCAGACUUUUGGCGCUACGAGAUGCCGAAAAGGAGGGACCAAUGACAAGCGAUGAGGUGAAGCAGAGCGUGUCCAAUGCUGUUAGAGAGCUUGGAAAUGGAUUGCCCACCAUGUCGGCGGGCUUUGGGCUCGUAUAUGCUCACCCAGUGGCGCGCUUUGAGCUCAACUUCUCGUUACCUCUUGUGGUCCGCAAACAUGAAGAAGCUAGGAAGGGCGUGUCCUUUGGCAUCGGCAUUAAUUUCUUGUAG